AUGUCUGGAAAUUGGGACAAUACAGCGCAUUCUGAGGCGAAGCUUGCCACGAGCAAUCACCAGGAAGAAUUUGGGGGUCAAAGGCAUAAUGGAAUACAUGGGGAUAAUGCUAUGCCUGGUAUCUCAUCGAACAUAGCCAUGUCUAGAGUUGAUGAUGUCGAUAUCGGCAUUACGGCGGGGCAGAAGAUGAUAUCGGCCAUGUCUGGGAUGACUCCUCUAGAUGUUGUACGGGUCCGACUGCAAUCUCAACCUACGAACCCGUCACCACUUACUACGAUUUCGAAGCUUGCAGCAAAUUCACCCCGGUCGUUCAAUACACUCCCUCCCAACCUUGGGGUCACAGCAUGUUGCAGGGAGGUUUUCUUUGCUACAAAUAACGCGGAAUACUGUAUGGCAGCACCUAGGAUUGGAGACGUUGGGGUGGAAUGUGCUGUUGAGGAAACACAAAAGCGCUCCUACAAUUCAACACUCGAUGGACUACGGAAGAUUGCCCGGAAUGAAGGGAUCACGACCCUCUGGCGAGGGCUAUCUCCUACAUUGGUAAUGACAGUACCGGCGAACAUCAUAUACUUCACUGGAUACGACUGGCUCCGGUUCAACAAUGCCAGUCCGAUCAAUCGAUACUUCUCGGACAACUAUGCUCCACUGAUAGCUGGAGCUGCGGCUCGGAUGGUGGCUGCUGCAGCCGUGGGGCCUGUCGAAAUGUUUAGAACCCGAAUGCAGGCAAGCCGUUCAACGGGAGGUGCUCAUUUCAAGGAGACGGUUCAGGGAGUUGGAGAAAUGGUUGCGACCCACGGAUACACAUCACUGUGGAGAGGUCUUACCUUGACCAUGUGGCGGGAUGUCCCCUUUUCCGGCCUUUACUGGCUAGGAUACGAAACUAUCCGAGGCCAGUUAACGGAAGCUAGAGAGCGAGGACGAGGAAGAAGUCUUGAGGCGGAGACCUCACGAGCUCGAGCAAGGAGCAGAUCUCAAAGCCGAGAGAAUCAUUACAAUACUUUCCUAGACAGCUUCAUCGCCGGAGCAACAUCCGGCUCAGUUGCGUCAAUAUUAACAAUGCCAUUUGAUGUCGGCAAGACGAGACGACAGGUCUAUGUGGGACCCAGAAAUAAUGUAGGAGUGAAAAAGAUACCUGCGCCUGAGGAGCGGUCUAUGCCCAGGUUCUUGUGGCACAUUUUCAGAGAAGAGGGACUGGCAGGAUUAUGGAGAGGAUGGAUACCCCGCACACUGAAAAUUGCACCUUCAUGUGCCAUUAUGAUCAGUUGCUAUGAGGUCGGGAAGAGGGCGUUCAGGAGUAUGAAUGAGAGAGCAGAGAGAAAGGCGGCGAAGGGUGUAUGA